CAUUCUAGUUCCACGUGGAUGCCACGUGCAGUAGGAAUCGAACGGCUGGGGCUGAGAGGGGAUCGUGGGGAAGACCAUGGGGAGGACGUGAGACAGACUUGGAUCCCAAGAGAGACUUUGAUUUUGGGAGAGCAGACGAGGUUUCUGUGUUUUGUGGAGAAUUAUUGUUUAGAUUUUUUGGCUAUGGCGGACAAGGUGCUGGCAGGAGGGAAGCUGAGCGUGGAGCUGCUGCACAAGGGCUACGAUGGCCCCGCGGUGAGCAUCCCCAUGCUUGGCCUGGGCGUGUAUCAGGUCCCACCAAGGGAUGCCUCGCAGGCCACGAAGCUCGCGCUUGAGACUGGCUACCGCCACAUUGACUCGGCGGCGCUGUACCGCAACGAGCAAGCUGUCGGGAGGGCUGUGCGAGAGAGUGGAAUCCCGCGCGAACAGAUUUUCGUUACUACUAAAGUAUGGAAUUCUGAUCAGGGCUAUCAAAAUACGCUCCGAGCAUUUGAUCGUAGCUUGAACGAGCUCGGGCUUGGUUACGUGGAUCUGUACUUGGUGCAUUCUCCGAUGCCCGCCGAAAGUCGACUAGACACAUGGAAGGCCAUGGAAGACAUUCUUAGGAGCGGGAAAGCUAAAGCCAUUGGCGUGAGCAACUACGGAGUACAUCACUUGAAAGAGCUCUUCGCUAACUGUAAAAUUCGUCCUUCCGUUAACCAGAUUCAGCUGCACCCAUUUGGAACCCAUGAACAGUUGGUGAAGUUCUGCGAGAAGGAGGGCAUUGUGCUUGAAGCAUACUCCCCUUUAACGCAAGGGCGUCGUCUGAAUGAUCGAACUCUUGUAAAGAUUGCCAAGGAGUACAACAAAUCUCCCGCGCAGAUUCUCAUUAGAUGGUGUUUGCAAAAGAAUUUCGUAGUGCUUCCAAAAUCAGUUACUCCUCAAAGAAUUCUGGAGAACUCUCAGGUCUUUGACUUCAAUAUUUCAGAUGAAAACAUGGCCAAACUAGAUGGGUUGGACGAAGGUUGGUAUUGUGGAUGGGAUCCCACCUUGGAGCGUUGAAUUAUGUGCUUCUUGAUCUGCACGUGUUAAAAUGUUGGAACUUAUCUCUUUGUUAUCCUCAAUAGGGGGAAGUGUACACAUCACAAUAUCAUGAGCUGACAAAACGUAUUGUAUAGUUGGAGAAUGAUCAGUUUGAAUAUUUCUUCUGUCACCAAAUAAAUAUUUAACACGGAAUAAACAGUUCUUUACAAUAAAUUUUGUUGGAAUAAAUGAAA